CCUCCGUACUUCCUCUUCCGGUCGCGGCGCUCGCAGCUUCAAGAUGGUGCAACGCCUGACGUAUCGUCGUAGGUUGUCCUACAACACAGCAUCCAACAAAACCAGAUUGUCUCGCACCCCUGGUAAUCGUAUUGUGUACCUGUACACCAAAAAGGUCGGCAAAGCCCCCAAAUCAGCAUGUGGCAUCUGCCCAGGAAGACUGCGUGGAAUCCGUGCUGUUAGACCACAGGUUCUCAUGAGGCUCUCAAAGACCAAGAAGCACGUCAGCAGAGCUUAUGGUGGCUCCAUGUGCGCCAAGUGUGUGCGAGACAGGAUCAAGCGCGCUUUUCUGAUUGAGGAGCAGAAAAUUGUCGUCAAGGUGCUGAAGGCACAGGCACAGAGCCAGAAGACUAAGUAAAAUGUGUUUGUACAAUGAAAAUAAAAUACAACAAAAAAUUAUCUUGGGUUAUUGAGUCGUUAAAUAAAA